AUGAAUUCAUUCACGGGUGAGAAAGACUUGGAUCGCUUCAUCGAGAAGAUAAAGUUGGGUGCUACUCCUUUAAUGAUUGCGGCCAGAUCCGAAGACCUAAAAAGGUGCUUGGAGCUCGUGGAGGCAGGCCAAGACCCCGAAGCGACCACAGAUUUGGGCCUAUCGCUUUUUCACUUCGCUGCCGUGAAUAUGAGACACGGACUGGAAAUUAUUUCGCACUUCCUGGGCCAAGGACUCGAUUUAUCAGAAGCAAAGGACGUUGACGGCGAGGAUCCAGUCCUUUACGCCAUCAGGGCAGGAGACUUUAGCCUCGCCAGGAAUAUUUUGAGGCUUCAAAAUGGGGAAACAAACCUGCUGCUCUUCUUUGUAACACGAAACAAUUUAACUAUGGCUCAACUUAUGCACGCAAUCGAUCCUGAAUUGAUCAAACAACGGGACGCAAAAGGUAAUAAUGCCCUCCACCUUGCGGCCGAGUUUGCGGACCUGGAAAUGUGCGAGUGGAUCGUCAAACAAGGCGUCGACGUAAGAUCUGUGAACGCACUCAAAAUGACUGCACUGCACUGCGCUGUGCUGAACGUUAAUUAUGGGAGAGAAAUUGUCAGGUACUUGGUCUUCCGCUUGAAAUUGGACGUUUACGCCAAAAACAGUUUGAGCGAGACGCCCCUACACCUGGCCCUUUCGGCAGGAAACCUUGAAUUGGCGCAGCAGUUGCUGGACUUUGGAGUCAAAGUGGAGAGGUGCGGCACGAACCUUUUGCACUACUGCGUCAAGAGAAAUAAACUCAAAAGCGUAAGGUUUGUGCACAGCAGGGACAACUCCCUGGUAAAACAGCUCGACUACAGUGGCCGAAACGCUCUUCACAUCGCAGCUGAGUCCGCGGACAUGGCAAUGUGCCACUGGCUAAUUGAAGAGGGCGUCGACGCCAAGACUUUGGUCCGAGUUAGGAAAACCUCGGCUCUCCAUUACGUCGGCUGCAACAAAUUCUACGGAAAACAACUCGUCGCUUUCUUCGUAGGCUUGGGGUUGGAUUUGAACAAAAUGGACAAGUUUCUCUACACCCCUCUUCACGUCGCUCUGAUUAACCAAAAUAUUGAGGUCGCUGAGGAGAUGAUCAAAUACGAAGCCGACUUUAGAGUAAAAUCAGGCCACUUCAACCUGCUGCACCAUUGUGUGAUUGAAAAUAAAUUAAAAAGCGUAAAAUUGUUGUUUCUCAAGGACCCAGAACUGGCCAAGCAGCUAACGCUUUCGGGGGAAAACGCUCUUCACUUGGCCGCGAAGCACGCGGACAAAGAAAUGUGCCUAUUCCUGUGCGAAGUGGCGGACCUCAACCCUCACACUCUCAGCCCUGAACAGAGCAACAGUGUUUUGCACUUCGCCGUGGGCAACGAAAGAUACGGGGUGGGACUUAUUGAGUACUUUGCCACCGAGACAAGGGUGGACGUGCACCAAAGAAACAGAUGUCUCGAAACCCCCCUGCACUGUGCCCUGGACGAAGAAAAUUUGGUCGGCGCUGACGAGUUGCUGCGGGCCGGCGCGGACUUAAAUGUCAAGUUGGCACAAAACAGCCUCCUGCACUUUUGCGCCACUCGAAAAAAACUGCUCAGCGCCAGUUUCGUCCUCGAGAAGAACAAAGACAUGAUCAACGAAUUGGGCAAUUACGGAAUGACCGCAUUGCACGUCGCGGCAAUUUGGGGGCAUCUCGAGUUCUGCAAGUUUUUGGUCGAGCAAGGAAUCGACUUCAACGCGAAAGAUUCUUUUGAUCGCACGGCGCAGUCCUAUAUUUCGUUCGAAAACUGGAAACUUAAGUCUUUCUUCCGUUCGUUACGAGCAUUUUCAUCACCAUAA